CCGGCAGCCGCUCGAGACGCACGGGUGCACGAUGAACGCGCGGUGAAAACACAGUCGCGAUGCUGUUCGAGAGUCCCAACGCGAAAUUGUUCCCGGCCUUCAACAUCCCGCCGCCCGUCAGAAUCAGCGGCGCGCUGGGCGGAGUGGAGGUGUUGGAAGGCGGGCUGGUGGGCGGCGAGCUGACGGCCCACGUGCUGUCGGCGCAGGCCGCCGCGCACCACCACCAGCAGCAACAGCAACAAAUUGCUCAACAACAAAUCAAAACGUCACCCUCUUCGGGGCGCUCCACCCCGGUCCCCCAGGCCUCCAACCCUGGGACGACAUCGCCGUCUCCGAGCAAGCUGUUCGUCGGGGGCCUGAGCUGGCAGACGAGCUCGGAGAAGCUCCGGGAGUACUUCGCAAUGUUCGGAGCGGUUACCGACGUGUUGAUCAUGAAGGACCCAGUAACACAGAGAUCGCGCGGCUUUGGCUUCAUCACGUUCCAGGACGCGUCGUCAGUGGACAAGGUGCUCGCGGUCCCCGUUCACACUCUCGACGGCAAGCGCAUCGACCCGAAACACGCCACGCCGAAGUCAGCCCCCCGACCGGCCAAGACCAAGAAGAUCUUCGUCGGAGGCGUCGGCCAAGACACUUCAGCUGAAGAGGUCAGAGCUUACUUCUCACAGUUCGGCCUAGUCGAAGACGCUGUCAUGCUCAUGGACCAGCAAACCAAACGCCACAGGGGCUUCGGCUUCGUCACCUUCCAUUCCGAGGAGGCUGUCGAACGGGUCUGCGAGAUACACUUCCACACGAUAAAGAAUAAGAAGGUUGAGUGUAAACGCGCGCAGCCGAAAGAGGCUGUCGCGGCCGCGCCCCUGGCGUUAGGCAAGAGACUUGUCUUGCGCCCGGGCAGAGGUCUCGUGUAUGCCACAGCAGGGGGCGUGGGCGCCGUGCCCACGGUGGGGGCGGCGCACGCGUACAGAUACGCGCCGUACGCACUGCCGGCGGCGGCCACGGCAGCCACGGCGGCGCUGGUGGCGCCCCCCGCGCCCGCGCCGGCGCCCGCGCUGCCGCAGUUCGGCGCGGCCUACUCCCUCGCCGGCGUCGACAUGUCUUCGUUUCAGGGCGUCGACUGGGGCGCCAUGUACGGCCUCCCCAUGUACAUCUAAACGGUAAAGAGCAAUACGAAUUAAAAAGUAAAAAACCCCACCCGCCUACAAGGUUAGGUUGUCGCGAAAGCUUUUUUUCUUGAGCGCUUCGGGCGCGAUCAAUCGCGAAUUGCACAUGCCAAGCUCGGAUUGGGCGUGUGGUUCUAAUUAAUACAAGAGAUACAAAAUAUAUUGAAAAGCGCAGAGUUAUCUUCAAAUUAAUUAUUAUGACCAAAGAACAUUUUCCCAGUAGAAUGAGCAACAAAUUCAACUUCACUCCCAUGUUCAUCUAUUUUUAUAUCCUCAAUGCCAAUGGGUGGUUCCCAUACUGAUUGUUGGGACCAUCCGUAAAUUUUCAUAUAAUUUCUCCAAUACUGAUGUCAAGGAGGCAACAAUCUGAUGGAGAGUCUUGCUUCCUAUAGAUCCCGUUCUUUUCUUCUCUAUAUGUUCAAAGAAAUCGGCUCUAAAAGUAUGCUUCCGUUUGCCACUGAAACAUGGGGUUGUGGUCACUUGAGUAUACACUCCUGUGCACGCCACCACACGCCAUCUUUGCGUAAUAGUUCAU